GCUUGGAUUCGAGGGAGGCAGACUUCUUUAUGUAGCUUGAUGAGGACGCAGCUAUUAUAGGUGAGGAUGCCAAAGCAGAAGCUAAUACCGUUCAUGGCUUCGGUAGCUAUAAAUCUGCUGUGGUGCCGUGGCUUCGACGGACGGGCAUCGAGGAGCACACGCGGGGCUUGAAGAAGGACGAGAUGCACACCUCUUUUGCGGUGCCAAAGAAUGCCGAGAGCGAGCCCGAGCUAUUCUUAAUGCUGGAGGUCAUAGACGAAAUCUUCUCAGAGGCACAUAGCUGGUGCUUCGACGGCCCAGACUGUAUGCUGACCUGGCCACGGCAGCUAGCGUUGAGCCGUUUCCAUACUGGCGCUGCCCCGGGGCAGAAGAUACGCGCCUUCGACCCCAAGAAGGAGCCUAAUACGCUCAAGACCAACUUCGGCUACUGGAAGCAGUUCCUGACGUUCUGCUACCGGGUCGUCUACCGCGGCAGCCACUUCACCACGGCCGACGACGACCAGCGGACCCCUGAGAGCUGCAUCCAGCUCACGGAUGCCCAGGAGAAGGCGUGGGAAGCGGCCUUCCAAAGUGCUGUCGAGCAGGACCGGCCUGCGCUGAGAGAUGCUAUAUCCGUCCUCUCAAUGGCGCUGAUCUGCCACGAAUUUGGAGGCAAUCGGUACAACUCCCCACUGCUCAGCUUCUGCGCUAUGCUCAGCGUCAAGCCACACACCAAGAC